GCUCGCUGUCACUUUUGGAUUACCUCUUUUUCUCUCUCGGUGUGUAAUUUUGGAAAUUUUUUCGUCGUCAAAUUUCCCGUAAAACCCGUUUCGGAAAACGGUUCCAGCAACGUUCCGUCGUCGUUCGGUCGGGCCCAUUCGGUAGCGGGCAGCUCCAAGUCGUGCAGUUUGGCGCGGAGGACGGUUUUGGGUGUGCGGAUCGUGGACAAAAUGGCCAGCAAAGCAGCAGCACCAUCAGCAGGACAAGAUCAAGUUGACGACAGCUGGGAAGAAAUCGACGAGGAACAGCUGGCUUCCCGCCUGAGCAGACUCACAAACGACGACGACGACCCGGCCAAACUGGGCAAAAUUCCGUCACCAGACGACGACGACGACGAACCGUCGGAGGCGAGUGGACGCUCGGCUGCUGGUGCCAACAGUUUACCGGCGAUGCUCGAGGAGGAACUCCGUCCACGAAUGAUUCUGCAGCGGCCGCAGAUGCAGAUCCUCCGCCGGCCACAGUCCAAGGCCCAGGAGGAGAAGGCGGCCGCCGACCAGAAGCCCAAAACGCAAAUCAAAUCCCUGGACCAGCGCAAACAGGAGUACGCGGAGGCCCGGCUCCGGAUACUGGGGUCGGCCCACGACGAGGAGGAACAGCAGCAGAAGCAGGUCGAGCAACCGAAGAAACCCAGUCCAAACACCAACGGGCAUCGAAUAGGUAACAACAGCAGCAGCAGCAGCGCAAACAACAACGCGAGCAGUUCCCGGACUCCGCAGCAAAACUCGUUCCGACAGGCGGCCCCGUCAACAGCAUCGCCAUCGUCAGCAAACUACCAACUCCAGCAGCAGCAGCAACAACAGAACCAACAUCCCUUCUACUCACCACAUUCAUCCGGCGGGCGGAAUCAACCGCCACCGCCACAACCUCCGCCGCUAGCGAUGACCUACCAGCAGCAGCAGACUCCUCCCCACCCGGGUGCGUACCACUUUCAGCACCACCAGAAGCAGAUGUCGCCUUACGGGAUGAUCCCACAUCAACACCAGCACCAACAGCCAUCGACUGGAUUCCAUCACAUGGGAGGAGGACACGGUUAUCCCGGAGGGGCAGCGAGUGGUGGCGGGGUUGGCGCCAACAGUGGACACAGUAGUAACAACAAUGUUCUUAGAUUACCGGCCGGCCCAGACGGUUCGCACGGAUUUACCAUACGGCGGUAGCUAGCUUGCUGAACACUCACGCAAUAAAAGAACGCUAACAAAACCUUAGGAUGGAAUUUACGAUUUCGCUUCAAAA